UCAGCUCAUUGAUUCUCUAUCGUCCAAGUAUUUAUGAUGAGGAUCGAGUUUUUUUACGUGAUAAUUGUGCUUUGUGCAGUAAUACCCUCAUAUGUAACGAAAGUAAUUCCUCGAGAGUCUCUGAAAGACUUAUGGAGUCCGUUAGAAAAAGAUGACGACGUUUGGGACAAAACAGCUAUUGACGUUGAUGAUGGCGAUAACCAAGGGGAUAUUCCAAACACCGAUACCUCUUCCCAUGGGAAAGUAAAAAAGCAUAAAAAAAAUCUUCCUAGACCUUCAAUAACCGAUAUCAGGUUUCCGGACAGACCGGAUUUGGUUUUGCUGACGUUUCCUUCAGAGUUCAUGGACGGUGAAAGAGAGAAACUACUUCAUAUGGUUGAUACAAAGUUUGGCCAUUUGAUCGAUGCGAAUGUCUUGAAAAAGGUAGCCAAUGGAGAUAUGGAAGCUGCGCCCAAUGUUUGGAAUUAUUUAUCGGGUUUCGACGUUAAAGGCGCCCUUACGUCUUUGCUAGCGCAACAGUUUUUCAAGAAUUUUGCAGCUGCUGACGAACACCGUGUUGAAACCGAUGUCACUCGUGAAGAAUGUAAAAAAAUAUGCAAAGAUAAAGAGAUCGAGUUAAUUCAGUUGAUUAACGAGGCGUUAAUUCGAUUAACCCAAACGGAGACUAAAGAAGGAGAGGAUGUACGAAUUAGAUUGAGACCCGGUGUGAAGAAAUGUUUCAAGUAUGAGGCCCAUCAAGAUAAACACUCCACGUGCACUUGCCUAAGUGUUACCAAGACUAUCUAUGUCAGUCCUCAAUUGCAGGGAAUUAUUAAUGAGAAAUUUUUCAAUUCCAGUGAAGGCGAAAAAGAAAUCGAAAAGCUAAUCGAAUACACCAUUAUCCCAGAGAAGCCUGCGGACGAAAAUAAUAAUUCUGGAUGGAGUCUUAAAAAAUUGGGUCACAUGGCUUUGAAUUCGAUUGGAUACGGUUCUGAAAAAACAAGAGCACGUGAACCCAAAAGAUACGAUAAACAUUGGUUCGCUUCAAAGACAGAGUGGAUUUUGUUGAAUGCUGUAAUUAAUAUUUUAAUUCUGGGAUUCUGUUUCCCUUUGUGGCCAUUCCAUGUAUUGUUCUUCCUUAUAGGAUGGUUCUUCGUGUGAAAUAAUAGUUACAAACUAUUUUCCAGCAUAAGUGUGUACCUGAGAACUUUUCAGAAUUAAAAAAUAUAUAAUUUCAGAAUAAAAUUGGCGAAACAUUGAA